AUGGUGACCCUAAACUUGCGCCUUUAUGAGACUCAGCAGGAAGAGAAGUCCAAACCCAUCAUCUAUUACCCCAUUCUCUACAAGAAAGACCUGCCUUUUGAUAUUGUAGAGCUCAUGGAGGAGACAGGAAAGACUGACUGUCACACGCGUGCCCUGAUGCUGACACUGCCCCAUACAGCCCGGGUCCUGGGCAUCUUCAGUUGCGCACACAGCCAGUCAGUCGCUCCCGACCUCUGUCCUGUGGGCUGCGGCACCCGCGGUCGGGCGGUGUCCCCGCUUUCGCGGUCCCCGGCGGAUGGCUGCCGAGGGGCGGCGCGGGUUUCCCAGCCGGCGGGCGGCGGCCUGGGCGGCGCGGGCGCCCGGCUCUUCGGGUGGCUGCGAGAGCGCAGCCUGGGCCGCGGGCUGUUCGUGGACCCGGCGCGGGACAACUUCCGCACCAUGACGAACCUCUACGGCUCCAUCCACCCCGCCGACUCGGUGUACCUCAGCACGCGCACCCACGGCGCCGUCUUCAACCUCGAGUACUCGCCCGACGGGUCAGUGCUGACAGUUGCUUGUGAACAGACUGAAGUUCUGCUUUUUGACCCUAUAUCAUCAAAGCACAUAAAAACUCUUUCUGAAGCUCAUGAAGACUGUGUAAAUAAUAUCAGAUUUCUUGAUAACCGGCUGUUUGCUACCUGCUCUGAUGACACUACAAUAGCACUAUGGGAUCUGAGAAAAUUGAACACCAAAGUAUGCACUUUACAUGGUCACACUAGCUGGGUGAAGAACAUCGAAUAUGAUACUAAUACAAGACUCUUAGUAACAUCAGGAUUUGAUGGAAAUGUCAUUAUUUGGGACACCAACAGGUGUACAGAAGAUGGGUGUCCGCAUAAGAAGUUCUUUCACACACGUUUUCUCAUGAGAAUGAGAUUAACACCAGAUUGUUCCAAAAUGUUGAUCUCAACAUCCUCUGGAUAUCUCUUGAUUUUGCAUGAUCUUGACUUAACCAAGUCUUUAGAAGUAGGCAGCUAUCCCAUUUUGAGAGCAAGAAGAACUACAUCAAGUUCAGAUCUGAGCACUUCGUCAAGUUCAUCUGGUCCUAGAGUUUCUGGUUCACCUUGUCAUCAUAGUGAUUCUAAUUCAUCUUCUGAGAAACAUAUGUCACGAGCCUCCCAAAGAGAAGGAGUUGCACCACGAAAUAGUCUUGAAGUCUUAACGCCUGAAGUUCCUGGUGAGAGAGACCGUGGAAACUGCAUCACAUCCUUACAGCUGCACCCAAAAGGCUGGGCCACUCUUCUUCGGUGCUCAAGCAACACUGAUGACCAGGAGUGGACUUGUGUCUAUGAAUUCCAAGAAGGAGCUCCCGUGCGACCCGUCUCACCUCGCUGUUCUCUACGACUGACUCAUUACGUUGAAGAAGCCAACAAGAUCUUAAAAGUUUGGAUGAAGAUCCUGGUUCUUAUGGGUCCAUGAACACAUCUGUGACCUGAGUACUUGGUCGUCCAGCAUCAUAGGGGCAUCACCAAGUUAGACUCUAUGCAGCAUCAUCUUUUGCAGCAUUCCUCUGCUCCUGCUGAUCUGUGCCACUGAACUCAAGUUCUUCUGGUUAUUUUGCAUGGUAGCUCUUGUCAAGUUUCUUUCUUUUCUUUUUUAUUUUUUUGAUGUUGGUGUGAAUUUUGUGGACAUUUGGCAGUUUGGUUGGGGUAGGAGAAACCCGUAACACUAGUAUUGAACAAAACCCAGAAAUUUGACGUUGGCAUACUGGUUGCUGAAAAAGAAAUUUCAUCUUCACUUCUCAGUAGACUUGGCCUUUUAAAGUUGCUGUUAUGUUUCUCUAUAAUGAGCACAGAUAAUGGCAUUAUUAUCAUAACUGUUAGAUAGUCUUGCAACAAAAUGUCUUUUAAGUUUCCUGUUAAAAUUAUACAUAUUUUUUCACUGUGAGAGGGAUUUUGUUGUGAAAUUCUAGAAAAAGUAUUACCACUUCUCUUUGUAAUUUACCUGUAUGAAUUUAAAGACCUAUAGCAUGUGUCCUCACUUGGUGUUUUGUUCCUGUCAAUAGCACUAGACAGGAGAAGAGGAGCAGGAACGGGCUUUGGUCAUUUCUGCUGCAUAGAAGAGGAUUCAUUUAGUAGAUUAGGACUUUGGCCACAGUGUGACAAGAACAAUGUGGCUUAGAGUUUCUGUUUUCUCUGCCAGAUUAUUUGAAUCAGACAGGAUGACAAGUUAUAGUAUUGGGGUGGAGGGGAAUCAAGAAUAAAGAGGUUGUUUUACUCAUCUUUCUUCCUUAGCCAAGUGGCACAAGCUCAACUCUCUUACUGUUAGUGAGGGGAGAACUGCAGGCCUCUUCCAGCUGUCGUCAUAACUAUGGUCGUCAGUGACUUGACGUCAAGGCUAAGAGAUGUGGAGACCUUUUGCUGUGUUUUGUUAUGGACACAGCAAGUGAAAAGCACCCGGCAAGGGGUCCAGCACAGGCUGGCUGUUCUGCUGAAGUAAGCAGCUUUCUUCUGGUCUCCUCUGCAUUGCAUGGUAUGGUGUUUAGAAGGGAUUUGCCAGAGGUUAGAGUAAUUUAAACCACAAGCUAGCUUUUCCCUCUUAGAUCACAUUCUCUUAGGCCAGUGGUUCUCAAACCUUAGGGUG